AUGAUAUUACCAGCAUCAAAAGAAGAAGGAAAACGUAUAAAAAAACGUUAUUGUGUAUUUAAUAUGGAUGGUUCUAUAGCUGAAUUAAAAGGUUUCGAAGUAAAACGUAAUGGUGAAUUACAAUUAAUAAAAAUAUUUCAAACAAGUGUUUUUGAAGCAUUUCUUAAAGGUACAACACUUGAAGAAUGUUAUAAUCAUGUUGCAACUAUUGCUGAUUAUUGGCUUGAUAUGUUAUAUUCACAUGCAAAAGAUAUAUCAGAUAAAGAAUUAUUUGAAUUAAUAUCAGAACGAAGAACUAUACUUGCCGAAUUUCUUGGUGAAGAUGUUAUUAAAGAUAAAGGUCUUUGUUAUCGUUUUGAUAUAGCUAAUGUACCACGUGAUGUAUCUAUUACUGCACGUGCUAUUCCAUUAGCUAUAUUUCAAUCUCAACAAUCUAUACGUAAUCAUUAUUUACGUAAAUGGUUACAUUUAUCAACUGUUGAUAAUCUUGAUAUACGUGAAAUUCUCGAUUGGAAUUAUUAUAUUGAUCGUUUUAAUAGUUGUAUACAAAAAAUAAUAAUUAUUCCAGCUGCUUUACAAAAUAUACGUAAUCCAGUACAACGUGUUUCACAUCCUGAUUGGUUACAUAAACGUUUAGUUGAAAAAAAUAGUUUAUAUAAACAAAAACGUAUAACUGAUGUAUUUAAUUCAAUUGAUAAACAAACAUAUAUAGAUAAUAAUGAACCACAAUUUAUUAUAACAAAUGAUAUUGAAGAUAUAGGUGAACAAACAAAAUCAUCGAUAAAUUUAAUAAAAAAACUACAACAAUAA